GCAAUGGCAGACAAGCACCACAGAGUCACGGCGUUAUUCUUCAUAUUCGCCAACUUCAAAUUUGGUGAUGCCACAUCUGACAUCAUUGUCCAGUCUAAUGGGAACUUCACACUACAGCCUAAUGUUCAGGGUCCCCCAGAGGACAUUUUGUGGAGGUGGAAUAAAAACAAGGUGGUUGAAUUUGACCAGAAGGAGAUGGUUGAGUACGGACAGUUUAAAGGACGGACGACCCUGGACCUCACAACGGGAGCCCUGACCCUCACACAUCUCACAGAGGCUGACAGUGGGGAGUAUGUUGGUGAGCUGCAGAUCAAGGGAAAUCUGGUGGAAUAUCGUCAGAUGGUGAAAGUGUUUGAUGCUGUAGGUAAAUCAGCAGUCACCUGCCAAGUGAACGGCCCCUCAGUAACCCUGCUGUGCUCUGGGGGCGACAGACCAAGCACUCAGUACAGGUGGGAGGGGCCUGCCAUAGAGCCCCAGCCAGGGUCCCAGCUGAAGAUAGAGGCAGCAGAGAGCUCUGAUGCAGUCUACACCUGUGUGCUGCACAACCCUGUGGGUGAGAGCAGAACAGACUUUCCUGUAAAGAGCUGCUUCCCUGCUCCAGGUAAACCAGCAGUCACCUGCGAAGUGAACGGCUCCUCAGUAACCCUGCUGUGCUCUGGGGGUGACAGACCAAGCACUCAGUACAGGUGGGAGGGGCCUGCCAUAGAGCCCCAGCCAGGGUCCCAGCUGAAGAUAGAGGCAGCAGAGAGCUCUGAUGCAAUCUACACCUGUGUGCUGCACAACCCUGUGGGUGAGAGCAGAACAGACUUUCCUGUAAAGAGCUGCUUCCCUGCUCCAGAUGCUGUAGGUAAACCAGCAGUCACCUGCCAAGUGAACGGCCCCUCAGUAACCCUGCUGUGCUCUGGGGGCGACAGACCAAGCACUCAGUACAGGUGGGAGGGGCCUGCCAUAGAGCCCCAGCCAGGGUCCCAGCUGAAGAUAGAGGCAGCAGAGAGCUCUGAUGCAAUCUACACCUGUGUGCUGCACAACCCUGUGGGUGAGAGCAGAACAGACUUUCCUGUAAAGAGCUGCUUCCCUGCUCCAGAUGCUGUAGGUAAACCAGCAGUCAUCUGCCAAGUGAACGGCCCCUCAGUAACCCUGCUGUGCUCUGGGGGCGACAGACCAAGCACUCAGUACAGGUGGGAGGGGCCUGCCAUACAGCCCCAGCCAGGGUCCCAGCUGAAGAUAGAGGCAGCAGAGAGCUCUGAUGCAAUCUACACCUGUGUGCUGCACAACCCUGUGGGUGAGAGCAGAACAGACUUUCCUGUAAAGAGCUGCUUCCCUGCUCCAGGUAAACCAGCAGUCACCUGCCAAGUGAACGGCCCCUCAGUAACCCUGCUGUGCUCUGGGGGCGACAGACCAAGCUCUCAGUACAGGUGGGAGGGGCCUGCCAUAGAGCCCCAGCCAGGGUCCCAGCUGAAGAUAGAGGCAGCAGAGAGCUCUGAUGCAGUCUACACCUGUGUGCUGCACAACCCUGUGGGUGAGAGCAGAACAGACUCUCCUGUAAAGAGCUGCUUCCCUGCUCCAGGUAAACCAGCAGUCACCUGCCAAGUGAACGGCCCCUCAGUAACCCUGCUGUGCUCUGGGGGCGACAGACCAAGCACUCAGUACAGGUGGGAGGGGCCUGCCAUAGAGCCCCAGCCAGGGUCCCAGCUGAAGAUAGAGGCAGCAGAGAGCUCUGAUGCAAUCUACACCUGUGUGCUGCACAACCCUGUGGGUGAGAGCAGAACAGACUUUCCUGUAAAGAGCUGCUUCCCUGCUCCAGAUGCUGUAGGUAAACCAGCAGUCACCUGCCAAGUGAACGGCCCCUCAGUAACCCUGCUGUGCUCUGGGGGCAACAGACCAAGCACUCAGUACAGGUGGGAGGGGCUUGCCAUAGAGCCCCAGCCAGGGUCCCAGCUGAAGAUAGAGGCAGCAGAGAGCUCUGAUGCAGUCUACACCUGUGUGCUGCACAACCCUGUGGGUGAGAGCAGAACAGACUUUCCUGUAAAGAGCUGCUUCCCUGCUCCAGGUGAUGUCACACCUGACAUCAUUGUCCAGUCUAAUGGGAACUUCACACUGCAGCCCAAUGUUCAGAGUCCCCCAGAGGACAUUUUGUGGACGUGGAAUGAAAACAAGGUGGUUGAAUUUUACCAGGAAGAGAUGGUUGAGUACGGGCAGUUUAAAAGACGGACGAUCCUGGACCUCACAACGGGAGCCCUGACCCUCACAAAUCUCACAGAGGCUGACAGUGGGGAGUAUGUUGGUGAGCUGCAGAUCAAGGGAAAUCUGGUGAAAUAUCGUCAGGUGGUGAAAGUGUUUGAUGCUGUAGGUAAACCAGCAGUCACCUGCCAAGUGAACGGCUCCUCAGUAACCCUGCUGUGCUCUGGGGGCGACAGACCAAGCACUCAGUACAGGUGGGAGGGGCCUGCCAUAGAUCCCCAGCCAGGGUCCCAGCUGAAGAUAGAGGCAGCAGAGAGCUCUGAUGCAGUCUACACCUGUGUGCUGCACAACCCUGUGGGUGAGAGCAGAACAGACUUUCCUGUAAAGAGCUGCUUCCCUGCUCCAGGAAGCUCCUCUGUCGUGAUUUCUGUAGUCCUUGUCCUCUUCCUCAUCUUCAUCAUUGUGGGAUUGCUUUUAUUUUACUACAAGAAAUUCUACAAAAAAAAGACAAGACUGAGAGUGAGAGACACUGAAGCUGCAGUAAAGGGUGAGCUGCAGAACAGUGUUAUUCACUCUGGCCGUAGAGCUGCAGAAAGACAACAGCUAUUACCAGCAGACCCUAAAAACAUUGAGGAAACUCGAGUAAAAUUUUGGGAUAGAGUAAAGCUGUAUAAAGACAGGAUAAGCCCAGGUAAGACCCACGAUGAGCAUCAGAAGACAGCACUGACUGAGCAGCACAAAGGGACUGAUGAGAGUGCUGGAAUUUCACAGGAGGAGAGUCAGACAGGAAGGGUUGGAGAAAGAGUAAAGCAGUAUGAAAACAUGACGAGCCCAGGUAAGACUCAUGAUGAGGAUCAGAAGACAGCACUGACUGAGCAGCACAAAGGGACUGAUGGGAAUGCUGUAAUUUCACAGGAGGAGAGUCAGACAGGAAGUGUCCAGGGAAGCGCAGAGCUAGGUAAAGACAUGCUGAAUCCAGAUAAGACCCAUGAUGAGCAUCAGAAGACAGCACUGACUGAGCAGCACAAAGGGACUGAUGGGAGUGCUGGAAUUUCACAGGAGGAGAGUCAGACAGAAUCACUAAAUCAGGGUGAAGAUUCUGAAGAGAGAGGAGUGGAGACUGAGGGGGGGAACUCUAAACACCCCUCCUCUGGCACUGUCCCGUUCAGCGCUCCUGAGUCUCCACCUGCUGCUCCACCCAAAACAGAAAAUGAAGAGGAGACAAUCCACCCUCCCGAAUCCAGCCCCUCUCCUCCCCACCCCCCUAAUUCUCCCCCCCAUUCAGCACCAGCUCCAGUACAGAAUCAGGACCAGGAAGAGGAAACAGAAGGAGCAGCAGCAGCAGAAUCUACUGAUGAGACUGGAGCCAAUCAGACAGCAGGAGCCCAGGGGCAGAGAGAGGAGGGGGGGGGCAGGAUGGAGGUAGUGAUCGGGGCGGAGCUCAGCUCAGUGGGGCAGGAGGGGGAGGAGCUAAGAACACAACAGCAGAUGCAGCCCAGGAGCUCCCCAGCAGUCCAGAGGAAGAGGAGGAUAUUCUGGAGAGUCAUACAGAAUCACAAAAUCAGGGUGAAGAUUCUGAAGAGAGUAGAGUGCAGACUGUGGGGGGGAACUCUAAACACCCCUCCUCUGGCACUGUCCCGUUCAGCGCUCCUGAGUCUCCACCUGCUGCUCCACCCAAAACAGGAAGUGCAGAGGAGACAACUAACCCUCCAGAAUCCAGCCCCUCUCCUACCCAGCCCCCUAAUUCUCCCCCCCAUUCAGCACCAGCUCCAGUACAGAAUCAGGACCAGGAAGAGGAAACAGAAGGAGCAGCAGCAGCAGAAUCUACUGAUGAGACUGGAGCCAAUCAGACAGCAGGAGCCCAGGGGCAGAGAGAGGAGGGGGGGGGGCAGGAUGGAGGUAGUGAUCGGGGCGGAGCUCAGCUCAGUGGGGCAGGAGGGGGAGGAGCUAAGAACACAACAGCAGAUGCAGCCCAGGAGCUCCCCAGCAGCUCAGAGAAAGAGGAGGAGAUUCAGGAGAGUCAGAAAAGAAGUGCUGUGGCUGAUGCAGCUGAGUAUGGAGACUGGCUGGAGACAGGUAAGACCUGUGAUGAGCAUCAGAACACACAUCUUACUGAGAGUAGAGACUCAGCUGUUCCUGGUGAUUCUGUUAUAUGCAGGUGCAGUUGUUGCUCAGUCGCUGUGUGUGUGUGUGUGUGUAUGAGUUUGUGUGUGUGUG